AUGAAAAAGGUAAAUGUUGUUAUUAAGUUAGGAAAUUUUAAUACCAUAGUGUACCCUGUUAUAGAACACAAAAAUGUGCAAGUAAUGUCAGCUCCAAAUACAAAAAAUUAUCCAACUGUUGUUACAUUUAAAGAAAUGACUCCUCACAAAAAUGAUUUCUACCCAUUAUGUGGCGAUUUAGCAAAUUCUUCCGGAUUUCCUUAUGAAAAGUAUGCUGCUCGCAACAUUAUCCAAUUAUUAAACGACAAUUUAGCAUUUCCAUUUCAAACAGACUACAAACCUAUGGAAGCCAUGACUUUCUUUUUGAAAUAUAUAUUGGAAGAAAUCAGAAGGGAAUAUCGCUGCAAUAAACAGUAUACCUUUGUUCUUGACGAAAUAAGCACAGUUGCUAGAGAAAGAAUCAUAAAAUGCAUAUCAUACUUACGGAAAUAUCGUUCAGUCAGAUAUAUUGAUUCCAAAAUUGGAAUAUCUUAUUAUUUCUUAUCCCACUUUGAAUUUGGACCUGAGAGAUUCAAAGGAAUAUUCAUUGAUAGCGGUGCCACAUCUACUACGGCUAUAGUCACAACGUACCAAAAUAAACAGAUUAUUGAGUGCACAACAAGAGAAGUAGACUUUGGCGGAGACAUAGUUUCGAAGUACAUUAUACAGAAAGUCAUCGACAAAAUGAAAGAAGUCCGUUCUCCAGCUCUCAAUGAAUUUAUUAAGAAAUAUCACGAUAAUGACAAAUCUACAGUCCAAAUCUUCAUGAAUGCGGCAAACAAAACGAAGCAGGGCAUGUUAUCCAAUCAAAGCUGCAUUUUUGAUGACAAUUGCAUCAAUGUUGAAAAUGCAAAGACGAUUUUAACUCCUGACGAUUUAUACAAGCCAAAAGAAUGGUCCGACAUGUUAGGAAAACUCGAUCCUCUCUUUGAUUUUAUCAAAGAAAACAUUACCGACAAAGAUGUUAUCAAAUGCUUCGAAUUCAUUGGAGGAAACAGUUUAUGCAAACCUAUUGAAGAUCAUGUCAUUAAUAAGAUUGAAAAAGAUUUUCAUCAGAAGAAAACAUCAUAUUUGAACACAUUUGAUUCAUCUGUUUUAGGAGUUGCAGAAAUUAUCAAAAAUGAAGACAAAUUCAUCGAAGAAUCCUCCAAACUCAAUGAAACACUGUUCAUGAGAUACAAUCAAAACAAAUUUGAUUUGGAUAGCAUUGAUACUUAUUUAAAUGCAUUGCAAGGUAUUGAGAGAACAAUCAAAAGAAUGAAUUUUAAGUUCUCUAAGAUCGAUAAAAGUCUUAAGAUCGAAAUCGAUGAUGAUUUGAUAGAUGAAUUCGGAGACUUCGAAGAUGAAGAUCCACAAAACGCAAAAAAGGAAUAUGACAAACUUUGUUCGGAAAUGAAAAACCAAUUAGAUGAAUUAUUUAAGAAACUGGACACAUUUUAUGGAAUUGAUGAAUAUUUGAUGCUGGAAGAUCCAGGAAGAUUAGAUGAAUUCAUCAUUGGUCAUGGACUUAUUAAUGAGAGUUUGUCAAUUGCAGCAAAUGAAAGAGUUACGGAUUCAAAAACAAUUAUUCAAUAUAAAAUCAAAUAUUCAGGCGUUGAAAACAACAACAAGAAUAAGAAAUCAUUUGAUCAACCAGAGAAACAUUCUUCUCCAAGAAAAACAACAUAUAGACAUAAAAGAACAAAACCAAAAUAA